AUGUCUAGCUUUGAGGAGCUAUUCAACGCAAGCUCACUCGAAGUUGUUGCGCCCCAAUCGUCUCUUGAAUUCCCCUCGGACUACCACGGCGACGAAGCCCAGACAUGGCUGUCACGUCUCCACGCAGAAUCCACGGACAGGAAGGCGGCAUUCUUCGACGAGAACAUAGACUUCCUGCUCCUCGUCCGUUUUCCAGGCGUCACCACCGAAGAAGAGAACGAGCAAGCUAAGCCCCCUGCAAAUCUGCUCUCAUUUCUAGCCCACCUCCAAAUUGCCUACGAUGCUUCGUACAUUUCACCGUCUGCGUCGGCCCAUGACGCAUCUGCUCCAGCUAUCGGCCGACCACCCGUCCCUCCGCGUAACGCCUCUAUCAACAAGAGCAAGCCGGCCACUCUACUUGCGGCUGUUCACCCGUCUAUCUUCCCGCCUUCCACACCCAACCCGAUCCCGUCUGCCGCGGAGCCCGACCGUCAGUAUGUACAGGUUCAGGGUACGCCGCUGGCGUCUGGCGUCUGGGGUGAACAGAUAUCGAGCACCUCGCGUGAGUCGUCCGAAGCAUUCGCCUUGCUGUGGGCGCGUAAGGAACGAGAGUGGGUUGCUGUGUACCGGAUGUCGGUGCUCGUACGCUACAUGACGACCAAAUCCCCCGACCCUCUGCUCUCGCUGACCGUCUCUACCACGCUGCGUGAAAGGCCUCUACCAGUCACGCCGGCUCGCAAGCCUAUCGCGUUGUUAAUGGAGGAAGCAGGCGGUCCCACUGAUUCAUUAGAUCCUGCAUCGCCUGUCAAGCCCAACGGCUCCGAUGGAGGCCCCGGAUCAAAUGACAGCGACGAUAGCCUGUCUGGGUUUGUAGAAGUGAACUUAUUGGAAGGGCUGAAUGCAGACCCAACAUUCGCGUCCUCUUCCGACCCGCCUUUGAACCUACCUUCCACUCGACUUGGACCGACCACUCGCCGGACUGCAUUCUCUCUGCCUUCUCUUACGACUUCAUCGGGUUCUGUUCAGCUUCCGAAAGCGAAAACACCUGCUCUGUUGUCCGCCACGAACAACAAGAAUGCAAGGCUGCCCUUGGCGCCCGCGAGCGCAACGUUCCGCAAGUCGUACCGCAAGACGAUGAAGAUCGUCUCGGGCUUCCAUGUCCGCAUGCGCACCGUCUUUGUGCCGUACUUCCUUCUCCCCCAGAACAACCGGAAGAAGCCCCAGAAUGGCGACGAGUUGGACACAGAGAACGAUGAGGAUGAGAUACGUGCUCGGGAGCAGCGUGAGGCGGGGAACGAAGAGCACACUGUGGUGCUCUCCGUCGAAAUCGAGAAUCUCUUUGAAGAUGUCUCCACCGCUGGAAUCCCGAAGUACAGCUUUGAGGUCCAACGCGCCGACGUGUCUGUCAGUGGGACUGGCGCGAAGACUGCUCUCGUAGGAUGGGGCGACCGCGAGGAUGUCUUCCCCGUGCGUAUAGGUCCGCGAGAACAAGUGAAUCUCCUGUAUGCCGUGUCCUUCCUGCGCUCACCGGAAGUGGACGAGUUCGCGUUUUCGGGUGCACCAGGGUCUGGCACGGGCAAACGUGAGAGCGUCCUCGCGGCCUCUCAGGAGAUGCGCCGUUCAGUGUCUAUCAACAUCAGCGUCCGGCCAUUUGAGCCGCCCUCGAGCACAGUGGGCGGGGUGUCCACCUCGACGUCUAUUUCGGACGUCCCCGUAGCCUACCCGACACGUACAUACGCAUCCUACUGGAGUUGCAAACUGAACUUCUCUACUACGUCGGGCGGCUCAUCCAGGAACUCUGCUGUGGACCCUGCUGAGCCCGUCGUGCUCCCCACGCCCGCCUCUCCGUUCCCGACGACGCCUGGGCCCGCACCGCAAGGGAUGGGCUCGUCACUCCUUGCCACAUCCCGUAUAUCGCUAGGUCCAGGGACCAGCGUCGCCGGGAAUCGACGAUUCACGUUCAGCGCACUCGAUUCACCCAUACCCGACAACCAAAUACGCAAAGCACCCAAGUCUCCUAUUAACUACCAGGGGCCCACUGCCAUGCUCAACCCUGCGAACCAGCCUCAGGUGCAGCCGCCUGGGCCCUCGACGCCAACGACGCUCAGCGUGCCUGGCAGCCGAGCGUCAUUCAUUCCACCGUCGGUCGCAUUCCAGUCGACGUACCUCAAGUCGCCCACGACAUACAACCUACCUAGUCCGCAUGACUCUUAUUUCUCCUUCUCGUCGUUUGGGGCUGCACAAGCACAAUCCUUUUCUGACGGCGCUGUGAGCGAAGAGCCGUCCACACCACGUACCCCCGCGUAUCCUGCGUAUCCUGCUUCGCCUCCUCCGGUCCCGCCCACACCGUUCUGGCAGGCCCCGCUCGCACAACAAACAAACGCGGGUUCGAUUGGGCCAAGUGUUGAGAUGCGGCGGGACCGCGGCAGCUCGCUGCCAACACCGGGUGUGAAUGUGAUCGGCUUUCCUCUGAGCAGCGAACCGGGCACAGAGGUGGAGGCCAAGGCUGGCGCAGACAGUCAGCCCAUCGUUGUAUCCGUAGGACUGCUCCCCAUAGACCGGAAAGGGAAGGGCAAGGCGCGUGGGGUUGGCGAGAUAUACCCACUGGACCAGUUCACGUUGGACAUAUUUGUGUUCAACCAGUCGUCGUGGACACGUCGCUUUGAGGUCAGUCAUCCCGAGGAGCGACGGCGACGACGAAUCAAACGAGUGGAUACUAUACGAAAAGACAUUAAUGGGACGCCUGGUAUUUUACCAUUGGAAAAUCGAGUUCGUGUAGGACCUCUAUUGCCAUCAACUUGUCAAUCUGUCCGGAUGGAUUUUCUUGCAUUGACACCCGGGGUUCACCCAAUUGAGGAACUAAUCCUGACAGAUAUACAAACUGGCUACACAAUGCAUCUGCGCUCUGUGAUGGACGUCGUCGUCCAUGAACCUGACCUUGAACCGGUAGAUCCAUCGUAG